AUGGCGCGGACGUUGGAGCGAGUUCUCGCCCAACAACAGCACCUUGCGACGCUCUUUCAACAGAAAAAUGCAGAGCAGCCAUCGCCCGAGACGAGCGAUGACCGCGCCGCGUCGCCCCCCGCUCGACCCCACAAGUCGGCGAUUCUGAACGCACCAACUUUGCCAGGUCUCGCAUCUGGAGCGAGCGCCAAACGGCCUGCUACAAAGCCCACACCAACCUUUCGCGAGCCCCCGGCGACAGCGACCAAGCCCGCCACUGCCGCACGACUGCCCUUGGACGACGAUCUGGCGUGGAGCGAACACGAUGCAAGCCUGCUGGCAUUGCCGCCCGACGAUCCAGACGACGACGACGACGUACUCGACACACGACGGGCGUCUCCCGAAGCCAACGAAGCCACACCGGCGGACGUCCGACGGCGCAAAAAUCUGCUCACCGUUCCGACCGAAGACGUUGUGCUACGUCCCAAGUGGCGUCAGGACGCAGACGCGGCGGCUGGCGUCGUGUCGGCAUUCACUGAAGCGCCGAUGCCUUUGCGAGCUAUUUUUCGAUCGGCCGUGGUCGCAGUGCAAUUUAUGCGCCGGCUUCAACGACUCGCUUUUGAGCGCCAGCAAUCACAGCAAGCCGACGAAGCCAAGGUGAUGGCCAAUAUGCUUGAUGUCUACUCGGAAGCGAUCCGGUCGUGGCUGGCCAAAGACAUGCGUCUCCCCGUUCUCUCGAUUCUCCAAGACCCGACGCUCGUGUUAGCGAUGCGCCCCCCCGAGACGAGCUUGAAGAAGAAAUUUGGCAGUCUCUUGGCACGCAAGCAAGCGAAGUCGCCCGAGAGCAUUCUCCAGCUCAAAGUCCGCAUCAAGGGUCUCGUCGACGCGCUUGUCAAGACGACAGAGAAGCCGAUUCCCAAGGCCAUUCUUCAGUUCCUCGCCAAGCUCACAUGCGAUGGCGUCUACUUCCCACCCAACUACUUGUCGGCCACCGAGCGAACGGGUCUCGAGUUCAACGCGCUCGGCGCGACGCGCAACAUGGCGACCGACGCUCGCUUCGACCUCGUGGUGGUCGGCUUUGUCCUCGGACGAGUUGUCGUGCCGUACGUCGUGCUUCAGCCGUGGACGAGCGGCAUUGGCGGCCGCGCGCGCCCCCCCAAACAAGUCGAAGCGAACCUCAAGCUUGUCGCCACGAGCCUCUACGCGCUAUGUACGCGGUUGGUGCCGCUGCUGCCGGAGCCUGGCCUUGUGCUCGAAUCUGAGAGAUUCGCCGACGACAUGGCGAUGCUAACUCACGCGAGCAGCUUGUUUCCAAACGAUGUCUUGCCGCUAAGCGACCCGGCAUUUGAUGCGAGCGAAUGCGUACGUGGCUGGAAGCAUUGA